AUGCAAGGACAAGCCGACUUGAAACAUUCGUUGGAACAAGCAGAACCCAAACUAAGCGCACUUAAAAAAUGCAUUGCCGACCUGGAAGCUAAAAACAAAGGUGGCACUGAAGAUUACCUAACAAAACGACAUUCUCCCUUCACUGGGGAUGUCCUUAUGGAACCACUGCCUGAAAAAUUGAAAAUCCUGCAGGUCGUCGCAUACGAAGGGGAUGGUGAUCCCCUCAGCCACCUUGAAAAAUACACUUCGUGGAUGGAACUACAGGAGGCAAGCAACGCAAUUAUGUGCCGGGCACUCCCCCUAACUCUAGGAGACAAAGCUCAAAGAUGGUUUAGGAGACUGCACGAGAGGUUGGUUCUGUUCUCAUCCUCCCUUGCCAAAGGAAGGCUAGCUCACUGCCCUCUUAAGUCAAGAGUUAGUAAUGAAGAGCUAGUGAGCAUCAAGCAAGGAAAAUGUGAAUCCCUCAAAAGCUAUCUGAGCAGGUUCAAUAAGCAAUCCAUGGAAAUGGAAAAAAUAUCUGACGAUACGGCACUCAUGGCUGUACUAGUAGGAUUGAGGCCCAAAAUAAGAUUCUGGUGGUCAGUACACGAGGACGGUCCAAGGACUUAUCAUGAGUUCCUUAAUCGAGCUGAGAAAUACAUAAGUGCUGAAGAAGCGACCUCUGACCAAGAGAAGGAGACCUCCAAACCCGACCUCAACAACAUAGCGAAGGAGAAAAAACCAAGUCACAGUCCCCAGCCCGAAAGAAAGAAGGACAGGAGAGAAAGAGAACGUCAUAGGGCUCAACCAUAA